AAUAAUAAUUACUAACAUUAACAAUAAAAUACUUAUUAAUUAGUAUAAGGUCAAUCAUACCUAAAGCAGACAGACUAUUUCUCUCAGACACAAAACAAAAAAGUGAAGGAUUCUUAAUAAAUCAAUUCAUUGAGUGAUAUUGACAACUUUUUAUAUAAAUCCUAAUCUAAUGGCAAUGGUAAACAUGAGCAAUUUAAUAAACGGAAAGGACUCACGAUGGUUACAACUCGAAGUUUGUCGCGAGUUUCAACGAAAUAAAUGCUCACGUCCGGAUACCGAGUGCAAAUUCGCUCAUCCAGCAGCUAAUGUUGAAGUCCAAAACGGUCGUGUGACAGCUUGCUAUGACAGCAUCAAGGGUCGAUGUAAUCGUGAAAAACCACCAUGCAAGUACUACCAUCCGCCCCAACAUUUAAAGGAUCAAUUACUGAUAAACGGCCGUAAUCAUUUAGCAUUGAAGAAUGCACUAAUGCAACAGAUGGGAAUAGCACCAAAUGGUCAACCAAUUAUAACAAGUCAACUACAGCCUAUGACUGCAAACGCUUACAUAACUGGUGUACCUGCUAAUAAUCCAUACAAUCCAUAUUAUGCUCCUGGACAAUUAGUACCUACAAUAUUAGGGCCCGAUCCGUCAACAGCAACUGCAACAGUUUCACCACAGCUCGGCCCAUGUGUUCCACAAACCGUUUCAAUGCCCCCACAACAGCACAAACUUCCACGAUCUGAUAGAAUUGAGGUUUGUCGCGAAUUUAUACGUGGUGCUUGCAAGCGAGCAGAGUCUGAAUGCCGUUUUGCUCAUCCUAAAGAUGGUGUAAUCCAACUCGAUGAUGGUUCAGUGACGGUUUGCAUGGAUGCAAUUAAGGGUAGAUGCUCACGUUCACCCUGUCGCUAUUUUCAUCCUCCCUUACACCUGCAGGCUCAAAUAAAGGCUGCUCAAUCACGCGCGAUGGAUAUGAAAUCUAUUGGAUCUAUAUAUUAUGAAAAUUAUAUUCCUGGCAUGGUGCCUUAUAAAAGGACCGCAGCAGACAAAUCAGGCAUUCCAAUUUACCAACCUAGUGCAACAAAUUAUCAACAACUUAUGCAUAUGCAACAGCCAUUUGUACCCAUCUCAUAUAUUUAUAAACUACAAGAUUUUCAACUUCAAGGGAAGUAA